AUGCCUAGGAAGAAAUCAGCAGCUAAAAAAGCAAGAGAAAAAGCUUUAAAACAAGAAAAACAAGCAAAUGAAACAGUAGAGGUUAUACCAAAGGAUGAAAUUGAAUUAAAACAUGAACACGAACAUAUACCAAAAGAUGAAUUAAAACAUGAACAUGAUAAGGAAAAACAAGAAAGUUUUUCGGAAGAAAGUUCCUCAGAGGAUGAAGAUGAGUAUGGAGAUUUAAUUACAGAAGAUGUGGAUGAAGGGAUUCAAAAGGUCCUAAAUACAAUCAAAACAGAUCCAAAGAAAUUACUAGACCCUAAUAUGAAAUUUUUCAAUGAUCCAGAAACUGCAACUAUUGCUAAAAAAAACAAAGAAAAACCAUUAUAUCUUAAAGAUUAUCAUCGUGAAAAUUUACUUAGUGGAAAUACAGAAUUUAAUGAGAAUGAGACAAUUGAUGGUGGUAAAUCAUUUGCAAUUGAACAAAAAGAAGAAAAAGAUAAAUUAUUAGCUGAUAUAAAAUCUGCAUUUGAUGAAGAUACAGAAGAUGGUGAUGAUGAUGGAUUUGUUAAGAAAGAGAAUGGAGAGGGAAAACAAGAGGUUGUUUCAAUAUUACCUGACCCUGUCAAAGAUGAACAAGGUUUCUUAUCUGCUUUUCUCGAUCAAAAAGCCUGGAUUCCUAAAGAAGGUGAUAAAGUGAUUAAUUUAGAUAAGAUAGAUAAUGAAGAUGAAGAAGAUUUCGAUGAUGCUGUUGAAAAAUUUGAAACUGCUUAUAAUUUUAGAUAUGAAGAUCCAAAUUCAUCUGAAAUUGUAUCAUAUGCUAGAAAUCAAGCAACAAUACGUCGAUCAAAGACUAAUUCAAGAAAAAGACAACGAGAUAAGAAGAAUGAAAUAAAGAGACAAGAAGAAGAAAUUAAAGAAGAUAUGUUAAAGAAGAAAAAAACAAGUAAAUUAAAUACUAUAAUUGAUAACUUACAAAAGAUUAAAGAAGCAGUUGGGAAUGAAGUAGAUGAUGAGACUAUUAAACGUAUAUUUGGUGAUUCUUUAUUAAAUGAUGAUUUUGAUGCUCAAGAUUGGGAUAAUAAAAUGAAUGAAACUUUUAAUGAGCAAUAUUAUGGUCAAGAAAUGGAAAAGCCACAAUGGAAUGAAGAAGAGGAUGCAAUGGAUGACAUAGAAGAAGAAGAAGAAGAAGAAGAAGAAGAAGAAGAAGAAGAAGAAGAAGAAGAAGAAGCAGAAGAAGAGGUUGAUAUUGAAGAACUACCAAAAAAAAAAUCAAAAAAGGAUAAAUUGAAAGAAAAGAAGUCAGCCAAGAAGGAAAAAGAAUCACUCAAAGAAAAAGCACAUCAGAUCAUCGAAGCAAACACAUUAAAACUCAUGGAUGAAGUUGAAGAAGAAAGAGGUAGACAAAGAAAAGCAAAUGGUGAAGUUGAGGAAGUUAAAUUUAAAUAUAGAGAAGUAUCACCAGAGACUUUUGGAUUAACUACUAGAGACAUCUUACUUGCUGAUGAUUCGCAAUUGAAUGAUUUCAUAGGUAUUAAGAAAUUUGCACCUUAUAGACCAAAAGAACUAAGAAUGAAAGAUAAACGUAAAUAUGCCAAAAAGAAGAAUUUACGAAAUUGGAAAAAGGAAACAUUUAAAAACUUGCAUUUACCAAAAGAUAUAAAAGAUGAUGAAAUAUGGAUACCGAAGGAAAUUUAUGAGCAACCAAUUAAGGAAGAAAAGAAGAAACGCAAACAUAAAAAUAGAAAUGAUAAAAUAAAACAUUGA